AUGUAUCAUCGUCACAACUGGCCACCACCCGGAAGGAAUGACGACGGCAAUUAUUGGCAGCAGGUGAGAUUGCAGGCCCAUGGUGAUCCAGCGGUUGCAGCAGUCGCCUUUCUGGGUCUUCAAUCCCCGCAGUUUCCAGCCAGUGUUCACCACUCAUCCAAUAACGACUGCCGACGAGGAGGUUAUGGAUGCGAAAUGUUUGGGGAAAAGGUUGUCGGUGGGGGCUAUGGUCCUGAAAUGGCAGCCAAUAUAUCAGGCCCCGGUCCCGCUGCAGCUGCGGCAGCCAAUUCGUCCCAACCGCAUCCAUCGCACCCUGCCGCUGCUUUGUACUCUCAGGCAGCAGCUGUGGCAGCAGCUAGUCACGUGAAAAAUUUCAUACCUCGUUUCGACCUCCUGGCCGCAGGCGCUCAUGACGCCAUGUUUGGCAGCUGCGCCUAUUCGACGACAGCAACCAACCAUCAUACCCCUGCCACUGCACCUGAUGCCGGCCCCCAUUCGCUCAUGUGUCACUUUCCAGGAGCAAUUUCCGGCAACACCCAGUACGAUUCACGAGUCGUCACAGGGUCCUUGUAUCCGUGGAUGAGAUGCUCAGGGGUGCAAAUGAGUUUUGGUCUGUGCCUAAGGGAAGGUGCUAAUAACAAACUGUCAUUUCUGCUGACGUUCCGCAUCUCUGGAGAGGUCGGUGACUUUGCUCGAGAAAUGAAGUGA